AUGUCCAAGCUUCGAGUGGUACAAUUGACGCAGGAAGCGCUAAAAAUUCAAUGUAAAGUGGAUGAUUUUGAAGAAUGGGGAUCUCCAACGCUAAACUUGAAGCAAUAUCAACGCAAAGAAGAAUUGCAACGCGCGACGCCGUUUUCCCGACGCGGGUCCAUCUUUUGGGCAUUGGUGGACGACAAGGGGGACAAGGGAGACUCGAAUCUCGUAGCGGGUAGGACAGUGCUGUAUUGUCACUGUGAAACUCACCGCUUUGACUGCGUUGUGCGUCGCAGUUCGGGGAAGACUGAACGAGGUUAUUCAUAUCAUAUUGGGUCGGUGUUUACACUGCCAGAGUACCGUAAACGGAGCCUCGCCAAGAUUUUCAUGAAAGAAGUGGCCAAGCAGCUGGAAAAACAAUCACGGACAUUCGUUUCGGUGCUGUAUUCGGAUAUAGGACCGACAUACUACGACAAGCUUGGGUGGAAGCUGCAUCCGUCCAAGAUGGCUACACUCGAUGUCGCAAACCCGCGCAACGUCAAAGCUGAGCGCAGUGUUGCAGAAUUGGUGUCGUUGCAUAUAGAUGAUAAGCUUGACGAGAUUCUUCAGGCCGAUAACGAAAGGCUGGUCACGGAGCUGGCGAGUGAAAAGUUUCAAGGGCGAGAGGCAUUUGUAGUGCUGCCGACUCGCGAUUCUAUCGAGUGGCAGUUCUGCAUUGGUGAGCAUUUUGCUCGUGUUCGAGGAUACGAGGAGCUUCCGUCUAACUGUGGCGUAAAAUUCAAUGAAGAUGCCUUCAUCCUUUGGUGUCACAACUUGAAAGAAUCAACUUUGUACGUUGUUCGUGCUCGUUUCCCGGAAGAGUCCGUAAAUGGUGCCAACAUCACGCGUAUGCUGUUGAACGAAGCACUGAAGGAAGCACGCAAAUUUAAGCUGAAAAAGGUGGCAAUUUGGGAUCCUUCUUUCAGCUUACAACACGCUGACGUACGCUGCCACCUCGAGAUUGAGUUUGUUGACCGUGAGGACUCGCUAUCGAGUGCCAUGAUGUUUCAUCACGGAAGCGAUGCAGAUUCCGAGACGUCUAUUCCCCACUGGCUUGGCAAUGAAAAGUAUGCAUGGGUCUAA